AUGACUCCAACCCCAACUAAAUCAUCACAAAUUAAAACUAGAUCUGCAACUGUUAAUAAAAAAGCUUCGUCUCCUGUUAACAUGGAUGAUCUUCAUCACUCUAUCGCUGAGAUUCGCAGUUCUCAGAUUGAUAUGCUUGAACAGUGUAAAGCUAUGAAUUUGUCACAAAACUCAAAACUAGCUGAAUUGUUAUCAAGUAUUGAUUUUUUUAAAUCCCAACUCGUUGAGAUAAGGUCGGAAAAUACUACUCUCCGCAACGAAAUUGCUACCCUCAAUAACAGAAUUCAAGUUUUGGAGAAUUCUACUGAUGGUUCAAGUAACAUGCCCCAGCUGAUCCAAGAAUUGGCUAACCGUGAAAUAUGUGCUCGUAACAUUAUAGUACAUGGUCUCCAAGGGUCUUCGUCCAAUGAUCCUACAGUUCGAAUUGCUUCUGAUAUUAAAUUACUCGGUGAUAAUAUUCAUCCGAUUAACUUAACUUUACCUCAAGAUCUUAAGUUAUUUAGGUUGGGCCGCUAG